AAUAUUUAAAAACAAGGAGUGUGGGAGAUUAAGUGGUUUGUGUAUGUGCGUUAAUGGCGGAAAAAAAGAGGGUGUGUGUGACCGGAGCCGGAGGCUAUAUAGCUUCGUGGCUGGUGAAGCUUCUCCUCUCCAAAGGAUACACUGUUCAUGGAACCGUCAGAGAUCCCAGUGAUGAGAAGUACUCACAUUUGAAGAAACUUGAGAAAGCAUCUGACAACUUAAUACUCUUCAAGGCAGACCUGCUGGAUUACAACUCUCUCUAUCCAGCCAUCACAGAAUGCAGUGGAGUGUUUCAUGUUGCCAGUCCAGUUCCCUUUAGCAGUGUGACAAAUCCUGAGGUAGAAUUGAUUGAGCCUGCAGUAAAGGGUACGCAAAAUGUACUUAAGGCAUGUUCUGAAGCAAGUAUUAAGCGAGUUGUGGUUGUGUCCUCGGUAGCUGCUGUUGUCAUGAACCCUAACUGGCCCAAGGGUCAAGUGAAGGACGAGACUUGUUGGUCUGAUGUAGAAUACUGCAAAACUACUAAUAACUGGUAUUGUGUUUCCAAAACUGUAGCAGAAAGUGAGGCUUUUGAGUUUGCAAAAAGAAGUGGACUUGAUGUUGUAAGUGUGUGCCCAUCCGUUGUUUUGGGGCCAAUGCUGCAGUCCUCAAUGAAUGCUAGUAGUCAGUUUCUCGUUAAUAUUUUGAAAGAAGGAUAUGAGGAAAUGGAGAACAGGCUUCGGAUAAUAGUAGAUGUACACGAUGUUGCUGAAGCGCUGCUAUUGACAUAUGAGAAGCCUGAAGCUGAAGGAAGAUACAUAUGUGCUCCUCACAAGACCAAGAUGCAAGAUUUGGUGGAAAUUCUCAAAGGAAUAUAUCCUAACUACAAUUAUCCCAAGAAGUUUUUUGCGUGGGACGAAAUAGAAGAGUUGAGUUACAUGAGUUCAAAGAAACUGCAGAUGCUGGGUUGGAGUUAUAGACCAUUGGAAGAAACUCUUGUCGAUUCCAUUGAAAGCUACAAACAGAAUGGAAUUCUGGAUUAGAAGCAUUUGGCGCUUUUGCAUUGGAGGUUAAGUUUGUUUCGUCAAGCAUGCCCCAAACCCGGACCCUUGUUAAUGCUAUGGAAAGGAUAUAUAAAUGUAUGGUACUUGUUAUGUAGGCUCUAUCUAAGAGACAUAUAGUUGUUUUGGUUGCUUCUAUGCAUGAUGGUGGUGUUUGUAUCUCUUUAGGGGCUUAUGGAUGAUUGUUCAUGAGCUCUUUAAUAGAAGUGGAGGUUACCCUUUUUGGAACA